AGUUAGCGUAAAAGUUUGAAUAAUAUUAUAAUAAUAUAAUAUUACUCACGAACAACUUACCAAGGAGCUAUGUUGAGGUGUACCCUUUUACUCCUUCUUAUCUCGACUCUAGGUUGGGGUAAGAUUGUUGUUUACGAAGGAAAAGGUGAUAAUUGUGAUACACUCCUUUACACUGAGGUUGCUAACUUCACUGUUGGCGCGAAUCCUGAAUUUGACUUGACAGCACUCGAUGUUACAGCUACAUGCAGCAAUACCUCCAAUGCUCCGAUUAUGAUGCUCUCGUAUGGUGACGUAUCUGAUACAAUGAAGGAUCUGAAAAUUAGCUUCAGCUUUUCUUCCACUAACACUGGAUACUGGAACUCCAAGACUGUAGCUGUUUCGUACAACGACAGUGUGAAUGAAGUCAGCAUGACAGCAGGGUUCACCUCAGCCAGCAUGGUAUCUACAAGCUUCUCCUUCGCUUGCUCUAUUACCUCCAUUACUACUCUCACAUCAGUUACCCCUGCCGUGACAGCUAAGUUACUCCUUCAAAACUACCAGCUUCAAGUUUAUAACGUAGAAAAGAGCAAGUUCGCUGAAUCAAUGCAGUGUGUGAACUGGAUCAGUAAGGGUGCCUGGAUGGGAGUAUUCGCAGCUGUGGUCAUGAUUGUAGUCCUGGUCCUGAGUGUGAUGAUGUUGCUCGGUACCGCAACUCCUGACCGCUUUGAAACCAGCAAAUCCAAGUGCCUUAUCAUCCCGCAUGAGCACUAGAAUCUGUGGGAACUGGCAUUUAGCGUCAGCGUCAGUCAAGGGAGGCAAAACUUGUGGGCUUGCCAAGAUUUGGUUCUUACUUUAUUUCGUUUGGGAAGGAGCUAGACUUCUAUCAAUUUCUUAAUGGCGGAAAUCUAAUUUAUCGAGCAGUGCCAAACUUGGACGCUAUUUUCUAUUUCGAGUAGACAAUUAAUCGUUCCCCUACAGUCCCUUUUAAUAGACGACCAUAACAGUUAGCUAGUGGAAGGUGGCAGAAUUUAUUGGUAAAUUCAAUCUGAUGUUGAGAUUACUAUAAAUAUUGUGAUCAUUUGUCCGUUGCGAUUAAGUAACAUUAUAGUUGUGUCUGGGCCGUUUUCGAUUUUUUUCUGUCUUUUUUCUUCGUUCUCUUUGGUAAUUCAUGAAACCUCAAUCGCGCAAUCCACUUAAUUUUACUCAAAUAUUUCCGGACUAAUGCUAACUAUCCGCCGAUAUUUUUAUACGGUUCAUAUUGUUAUAUGAAAAUCUCAAUCAAGUGUUACUUUGGUUCACCCUGUUAAAUACGUUGUGUGAUUUCAUCUCGCUGGCCGAGGUUUGCAAAUUGUAUUUACUGUUGACUAGUGUCAAUUAGAUCUGUUAUGAUGUGAAAUGUUAUCGUAUUAUGUGCUUUGAUUGAUUUAUUUUUAAGAAA